AUGGAGCAGCUUCACGACUCACCAGGAAAGGUUCGUCGUAGAGUAUUCGGAAAGUCUUCAGCGCCUCAAAUUCGCAGGCAGAAGUCGUUUGGUCACGACAUAGGCCAUGCAGCGGCGGAAACGUAUUUGAUAACUCGUCUUAGCUUCGACCUUCUUGGAUAUCUCGGGGUAGGUUAUCGGUGGAUCACAAGAUUACUUGCUCUUACUUGUUAUGCAAUCCUCCUUAUGCCUGGAUUUCUUCAAGUUGCAUAUCAUUAUUUUUUCUCACCUCAAGUUAGGAGGAGUAUAGUAUAUGGAAAUCAACCUAGGAAUAGGCUGGAUUUGUACAUACCACCAACAAAUGAUGGCCUUAAGCCGGUUGUAGUUUUUGUUACUGGUGGAGCUUGGAUUAUCGGGUACAAAGCUUGGGGUUCUCUCUUGGGACUGCAGCUAGCAGAAAGGGAUAUCAUUGUUGCAUGUCUAGAUUACAGAAACUUUCCUCAGGGAACAAUUAGUGAUAUGGUAAGAGAUGUUGCUCAAGGAAUCUCGUUUGUCUGCAAUAACAUCUCUGCAUUUGGAGGCGAUCCUAAUAGAAUAUAUCUGAUGGGGCAAUCAGCUGGUGCACAUAUUUCUUCUUGUGCUCUCAUCGAGCAAGCCAUUAAAGAAUCAAGAGGAGAAAGAAUCUCAUGGAGUGCCUCUCAGAUAAAAGCUUACUUUGGUUUAUCCGGCGGGUACAAUCUCUUCAAUAUGGUCGAACACUUCCAUAACCGAGGCUUAUAUCGUUCUAUUUUCCUUAGCAUAAUGGAAGGAGAAGAGUCGUUUGAACAAUUCUCUCCUAGCAUCAGAUUAAAAGAGCCGAGAGUAAGAAAAGCUGCAUCUCUCUUGACUCAUAUUGUGCUUUUUCAUGGAUCAGAAGACUACUCCAUCCCAUCUGAAGCAAGCAAAACGUUUGCAGAAGCUCUUCAAGGUGUUGAAGUCAAAACUGAUCUAAUUGUGUACAAUGGUAAAACUCAUACUGAUCUGUUUCUUCAGGAUCCUUUGAGAGGAGGUAAAGACGAGCUGUUUGAUCAUAUAGUCGCUAUGAUACACACUAAUGACAAUGACGCUUUGAUUAAAGAUGCGGUUGCACCGCCGAGAAGACGACUUGUGCCAGAGAUUUUGCUGAAACUGGCUGGCAAGGUCAGCCCAUUUUGA